AUGUGUAACAGCAGCUCCAUCACCGAGUUCCUCCUGCUGGCAUUCGCAGACACGCGGGAGCUGAAGCUCCUGCACUUUGGGCUCUUCCUGGGCAUCUACCUGGCUGCCCUCCUGGGCAACGGCCUCAUCCUCACCGCCGUAGUCUGUGACCACCGCCUCCACAGCCCCAUGUACUUCUUCCUCCUCAACCUCGCCCUCCUCGACUUGGGCUCCAUCUCCACCACUCUCCCCAAAGCCAUGGCCAAUGCCCUCUGGGACACCAGGGUCAUUUCCUACAUAGGAUGUACUGCGCAGGUCCUUCUGUUUCUCCUCUUCAUUUCAGCGGAAUUUUAUCUCCUCACCAUCAUGGCCUAUGACCGCUAUGUGGCCAUCUGCAAGCCCCUGCACUACGGGACCCUCCUGGGCACCAGAGCCUGUACCAGCAUGGCAGCAGCUGCCUGGGGCAGUGGCUUUCUCAAUGCUCUCAUGGAAACCGCCAAUACAUUUUCACUGCCUCUCUGCCAAGGCAAUGCCCUCAACCAGUUCUUCUGUGAAAUCCCACAGAUCCUCAAGCUUUCCUGCUCAAACUCCUACCCAAGGGAAGUAGGGCUUCUUGUGGUUAGUGCCUUUUUUGGUAUUGGAUGCUUUUCUUUUAUUGCUCUAUCCUACAUACAGAUCUUCAGAGCUGUGCUGAGGAUCCCCUCGCAGCAGGGACGGCACAAAGCCUUUUCCACGUGCCUCCCUCACCUGGCUUCCAUCUCCCUAUUUCUCAGCACACUCAUGUUUGCCUACCUGAAGCCCCCCUCUGUGUCCUUCCCAUUCCUGGACCUGGUGGUUUCGUUUCUGUACACGGUGAUACCUCCAGCAUUGAAUCCACUAAUCUACAGCAUGAGGAACCAGGAGCUCAAAGUUGCACUCAGGAAAUUAAUGACUAGAUGUGUUUCAAAAGUAACAAUCUGCUAA